CAUCAUCAUAGUAACCUGUCAGAGCACGGGGGAGCUCCAUAACGUCGCCGCAAGCUCCGUCUCGCCCACCCGCAUCGCCACGGUCGUCCGCAUUGUCGACGCCCGUCCGCCAUCAUGUCGCAAUCCCUCCGGCCCUACCUCCAAUGCGUCCGCUCCUCCCUCACCGCCGCCCUCUCGCUGUCCAACUUCGCCUCGCAAGCCUCCGAGCGCCACAAUGUGCCUGAGAUUGAGGCCGCUACCUCGCCAGAAGUCCUCCUGAACCCCUUGACCGUCUCCCGCAAUGAGAACGAGAGGGUGCUCAUCGAGCCCAGCAUUAACAGCGUGCGCAUCAGCAUCAAGAUCAAGCAGGCCGACGAGAUCGAGCACAUCCUGGUCCACAAGUUCACGCGCUUCUUGACGCAGAGAGCCGAGUCGUUCUUCAUUCUGCGGAGGAAGCCGAUCAAGGGUUAUGACAUUUCUUUCCUGAUAACGAACUUCCACACCGAGGAAAUGCUGAAGCACAAGCUGGUAGACUUCAUCAUCCAGUUCAUGGAGGAGGUGGACAAGGAGAUUUCCGAGAUGAAGCUAUUCCUGAACGCGAGAGCUCGUUUCGUCGCCGAGUCUUUCCUGACUCCUUUUGAUUGAGCGGUUUCCAAUUAUGAAUGUAUCUACUCUAGCUUCUCGGAGCAUAGCAGCCUUGGGAGGGGCUGUAUGGCGUUGCAUGGUAAAACGACAGGCGCAUAUUUGUUCGGCUCGAGCCUGUGAAGAUGAUGGCGACUUCAAGCUGCCCUGGAAAUGGUAGCUUAUGUGUGGUUGUGCGAAACGGAUCUUUGCUUAUCCGUGUAGAGCCAGAGCGAGAUGGGACGUCUAGAAAUCAACGAAUAGUCUACCACUUCUGGCUCCUUUUCCGGU